UCCUGCGAACGAUGCCGAAAGUAGUGUCCCGGUCGGUAGUCUGCUCCGACACCCGGGAUCGGGAGGAGUAUGACGACGGCGAGAAGCCCCUCCACGUCUACUACUGUUUGUGUGGCCAGAUGGUCCUGGUGCUGGACUGUCAGUUAGAGAAAUUGCCCAUGAGGCCCCGGGAUCGGUCCCGUGUGAUUGAUGCUGCCAAACACGCCCACAAGUUUUGUAACACGGAAGACGAGGAGACCAUGUAUCUUCGGAGACCUGAAGGCAUUGAACGGCAGUACAGGAAGAAGUGUGCCAAGUGUGGCCUGCCACUCUUCUAUCAGUCCCAGCCUAAGAAUGCCCCCGUGACCUUCAUUGUGGACGGAGCAGUGGUCAAGUUCGGCCAGGGCUUUGGCAAAACGAACAUCUAUACUCAGAAACAAGAGCCUCCUAAGAAGGUCAUGAUGACCAAACGGACGAAAGACAUGGGCAAGUUCAGCUCCGUCACGGUGUCGACCAUUGAUGAGGAGGAAGAGGAGAUCGAGGCUAGAGAAGUCGCCGACUCGUACGCGCAGAACGCCAAAGUGAUCGAAAAGCAGCUGGAGCGCAAGGGCAUGAGCAAAAGGCGGCUGCAGGAGCUGGCUGAACUGGAAGCCAAGAAAGCAAAGAUGAAGGGGACCUUGAUUGACAACCAGUUCAAGUGAUCAGGACCCUUCUCUCAACCCAGACCGGAGGCAGGCGUUUAGAGGAGGAGGAAAAAGAACCGUUUCUUGACUCCAUGGGCAGGUGGCCACGUUUUUGCCCCAGCAGAAGGCUUUCCAUUGCUUCCCAUCGAUUCCUCCUACUUUUGGUGAGGUCUUUGAGUCCAUCUGACCUGCUUUCUAGAGAUGGGCUUUCUAAAUCUUUCUGUAUAUAGGUCUUCUGUACUAUUUUUUGUCCAUUUGAUGUAAACUUCUUCAGCUGUGUGGAAACUCUAUGAACACAUCAGUGCUCGAGUGUCUCUCGUUUCUAAAGUAGCUGUUCUUCUUCCCUCUUCAAAGUUAAUAAAAUGUUUA